UCCAUUUUGGCUCGUUAUUUCGCUUCGCACCGUGUUUGCGUUCACAACUCUUGUUCGGGUUCUGCAUUUUAUUUUAUUAUUAUUUUUUUUUGUUUGUUGCUAUUCGGUAAUUCUCCACAUCACAGUCAACCAAUGGGACCAAAUCACUGCGACUCAAACUGGACACAAGCAGCAUCGGAUCGCAAUUAGCAACAGGAGGUGGUGGAGCAGCAGGAUCAGAAGGCGACGGGGGAACGGCCAAUAUAGGAGCGGCAACGUCGGCAGCAGCUGCCCAGGGCCCCUCGAGCAUGUCUAGCCGGAAGCCGACAGGAGGCGCUGGAGGUGCUGACGAAGCCACCGCAGCAGGUGCCCCUUUGGACGACAAUGCCAAUGCCAGCGUGGUGAAUCCGGCAAGCGGCGAGGACCCAGCGACGGGCUGCAGCGAAAAGCCUGACAUUAUUGUCAAGGCAAAUACUUCAACGCCGCCAGAGGAGGCCCCGGAUGAUCCUUCAGCAACAAGCGUAAUAGAGGUGGCGGCGGAAAAGGAGCAGGAUGCCAAGGGGUCCCACCCGGUUUCCAAGACGCCAAGUUCCACGCCAACGCCAACCCCGGGCGUCACGCCCAGCGUCGGCGAAGGAGGAGCCGCCAAGAGCCUGAGGGUCACCCGGCACUCCUCGCCACUGCUCCUGCUCGGCUCGCCCACUACCAGCAGGCGUGAGGUGGUCGACGGAGUGCUGGACGCCGAGGAGCCAACGGGAUCAGGUGGCCAGCGGAAGAGCUCCACGGAGCGAUCCAUGGCUCCCGUCAUUCGGGGACGCAAGUCCAUCAAGGAUCUGAAAGAAGCCAAAGAAGUCAAGUCCGAGGAGGCGCCUGUUGGGGCGUCAGAUGCGGGAGCAGCAGCUGGGGCCAAGGAGGAGCUGGCCAGCGAGGGCAGCGAACUGGAAUCCCUGUCGACCUCGGACAAAAAAGACCACAAAUACAUAAAAGACAAGGAGGAAGAGCGGGAAACCGAAAAGCAAAAGGAUAUCUCGGAGGAUGCUGAGAAGGAUAAAGCUGCUGAAAGUGAAGCAACUGCAGAGGAAGAAAAAAGUGCUAAAAAAGAAAGGGUUGCAGAAGAAGAGAAAGCUGCAGAGCAAAAUAGGGAGAAGGAGAAGGAAAAAGAUACUGAUCCAAACAAAGAUGCAGAUAAAGAAAAGGACAAAGAGAAGGAGAAGGCUCCAAUGGCGCCAGUGACCCCCACUUGCAACCGAGUCACCCGCAAAUCGAUCGCCUACGAGCAGGCGAUCAACACGCGGGUCACCCGCAACCGUCGCCAGUCCUCCGCCGUGGGCGCCCUUCUCUCUGCCUCCGCGUCCUCGGCUGCCACAUCCUCCGCAGUCACGGAGCAACCGUUACCGUCCCGGGGGCGCCGGAAGAAGCCAGUGGCGAUUGCUCCGCCCCUCGAGCCUGCGGUAAAACGGAAGCGCUCCCAGGACGCCGAAGUGGAUCCCGAGGCCACUAGUGGCGCCAAAUACAGCAAGGUGGAGGUGGUGAAGACGGAGGAGGCCGAAGCACCAGACGAGGACUCCGCUGCUGUGGGCAUCAAACAGGAGCUGGUGGAUGCCAACGAGGUCAGCAGCAUCUCGCCGUCAGUCACACCCACACCCACACCCACUCCAACGCCUGCUCCGAUCUCGGGCGGCCGGCGGGGACGUGGGCGCCCGCAGAACAGAAACUCAUCCUCGCCGGCGGCCACGACGCGCGCCACGCGACUGAGCAAGGCAGGAUCGCCGGGCAUCCUGACACCUGUUGCUCAGGAACCGGCGCCUCCGAAGCGGCGCCGCGUGGGCUCCAGCACACGGAAGACUGCCUCGGCCAGCUCGCUGGCACCCAGCUCGCAGGGCGGCGCCGGGGACGAGGACUCAAAGGACAGCAUGGCCUCGUCCAUGGACGACUUGCUGCUGGCCGCCGUGGACAUCAAGCAGGAGAAGUUGACGCCGGACUUCGACGACAGUCUGCUGCCGGAGAGCCUGCCCUCCACCUCGGGUGCGUCGAGCGCCAACGGUCAUGCCUGCAUCGAACCACUCACUGUGGACACGGACAGCGCCAGCAAGUGCGCAGAUCCCGCCGAUCCCGCAGUGAAACCAAAGGAGUUGCCGGCGGCUGCAGCUAAGGAAUCCUCGCUGCAAUCCGGGAGUCAACCGGCCGCAGUGCCCUCGGCUGCGGGGAAGGCUCCAUCGCUCAGCCCCGAGAUGAUCAGCGAGGGCGUGAGUGCGGUCAGUGUGCGGAAGUUCUACAAGAAGCCCGAGUUCCUGGAAAACAACCUGGGCAUCGAGAAGGACCCGGAACUGGGCGAAAUAGUCCAGACGGUGAGCAGCAAUCACACGGAUGCCGACACAGAGAUGUCUGUCGACAGCGAAGUGCUUCAGGAGGAGUCGCCUAAGCCGCAGAGCAAAGUGUCCCACGAGAAGGGGGAGCAGGAGAAGGUGCCGCAAGUGGAAGCAGAGGGCGGAACUGGGGCUGCUGCUCAGCCAGAAGCCCUUCCCGAAACUCUGCCUGAGGUUCCCGCUAAAAUUACAGUCGAAAUUAUGGCCGAGGCUGAGGACGACACCUGUUCGAACAGCUCAAUCAAAGCCGGCGAGCUCCGCCUGGACGAGAGCAACGAUGGUCAUGAGACGCCGCUUCUGCUGAGCCAGAGCUUCGAAGUCGAUGGCGAUGGCGAUGGGACUUCGGAACAGCCUGGCGAAAAGGUGAAGCCGGACGAAGCGUACUUCCAUUCAGAUGACUACGACGACUUCGAGCACGAGAUCAUGGAGGAGCUAGCCAAGGAGGGCGUGUUGGAUGCCAGUGGCAAUGCACUGAGCCAGAAAAAGAUUGAAAGCGAACAGCCAGAGGACGUCGCUCCACUCGAGUGCAAAGACGACGCUGAGGCGUCAAUGGCUGGCGGCGAGGAAACGGAGGAGUGCGAGCCUCCCAAAGACGCCUCGCCUGCGGACGAAAUGGUGGCCAUGGAGCUGGAGGAGUCCUAUAUCGACGUGAAGGAACAGACGGAUCACCUCCUGGCAGAACACUUGGCAGAAGACGCAACGGAAACGAGUUGUGGCCACGAGGACAACAAGGAGAACCUGUCGACCUCGGCUGCCAGCACUGCUGCCGAGGGUCUGGACAUCCAGCUGACCCUCAAGGAAGACGAAGACGAGGAGAAGCCACUUUCUGCGAUGGCUGUCGAACAGGAGCCGGAGCUGCUGACCAAGGAGCUGGUCAAGGGGAUCGGAGCGGAGGCAGACGCAGACGAGAAGGCAAACGUCAAGCAGGAGUCCAUCGGCGACGAGCACCUCCAGCUGCUGCGCCAGGAGCAGGAGAUCCACCUGCAGAGCCUGGGUCUGCUCACGCACCAGGCCGCCGAGCAGCGGCGCAAGAUCCUGCUCGAAGCGCAGGCCCGCCAGGCGCAGCUGCAGCUCCAGCAGCACCACCACAACCAGCACAAGCGACAGGGAGCACGCGGCGGCGGCGGCAGUGCCACCCACGUGGAGUCCAGCGGCACACUGAAGACGGUCAUCAAGCUGAACAGGAGCAGUAACGGCGGCGUGGGCGGCAGUGCGGCCCUGCCCACGGGGACAGUAAUACAUGGCGGCAGCGGCUCCUCCUCGGCCUCCUCCACCUCCUCCUCCUCGGUGGGCAGCGCCACACGCAAGUCGAGCGGUGCCUUCGGAUCGGGUUCGGGAGCGGGAGCAGGGGCAGGGGCAGGUGCUGGCGUUCGACGGCAGUCGCUCAAGAUGACAUUCCAGAAGGGACGCGCUCGCGGUCACGGGGCUGCGGACCGAUCGGCCGACCAGUACGGCACCCACGCCGAGGACUCCUACUACACGAUUCAGAACGAGAACGAAGGUGCGAGAAAGUUUGUUGUAACCACUGGUAAUCCCGGCCGCAAGACCAAUAACCGUUUCAGCUCGACUAACAACCACCACUCCGCGGUAGCCCUGCACGGUAGCAACUCUGCGCCCCAGCACUAUUCGUCUCACUCCGAGAGCCAGGGACAGGCGGACCACGGGUUCUACCAGAUGGUCAAGAAGGACGAGAAGGAGAAGAUCCUCAUUCCGGAGAAGGCCUCUUCGUUCAAGUUCCACCCGGGAAGGCUUUGCGAGGACCAGUGCUACUACUGCAGCGGCAAGUUUGGACUCUACGACACUCCCUGCCACGUCGGCCAGAUCAAGUCUGUGGAGCGCCAGCAGAAGAUCCUAGCCAACGAGGAGAAACUGACGGUGGACAAUUGCCUGUGCGACGCCUGCUUCAGGCACGUCGACCGUCGCGCGAAUGCGCCCUCCUACAAGAAGCGACUCUCGGCCCCUGGGCACUUGGAGACGGGCGUUGGAAGCUCGGCGGCCAGCGCCGCCCUGGAAAAGCACUUCGCCGGCGAAAGUGGCGUCAUCCCGACAGCGGGAGGCGAGGCGGGGGCGACAGCCUCGGGGGCUGGUCCGCACCGCUCCUGCGCCGUGAAGGACUGCGCCGAGGCAGCGGGACACUCGCUGCGGCGCAAGUGCAUCCGCAAGAGCGUGAAGAAGUUCCAGCUCAGCCUGGAGAUCCCCGCCGGCUCCUCCAUCGUGUGGCUAUGCGAGUCGCACUACAACACGGUGAUCCAGUUCUCCGGCUGCGUGCUCUGCAAGCGGAGGCUGGGCAAGAACCACAUGUACAACAUAACCACGCAGGACACGGACCGGCUGGAGAAGGCGCUGUCCGAAAUGGGCAUUCCGGUGCAGCUGGGCAUGGGCACCGCCGUCUGCAAGCUGUGCCGCUACUUCGCCAACCUGCUGAUGAAGCCGCCGGAUAGCACAAAGUCCCAGAAGGCGGAGUUCGUCAAGAACUACAGGAAAAGGCUCCUCAAAGUGCACAACCUGCAGGACGGCAGCCACGAGGCGUCCGAGGCGGACGAGGAGGAGCCGCCCAAUGCAGCGGAGACAGAGAGGGCGACCGCGGACGGACACGAGGACGUCGAGAUGCCCAUGGUGGUGGACUACGACGGACCCAUCGACUCGAACUCGAGCAGCUCCUCGAUCGCCGCCCUGGACUCCAGUAAGCAGAUGUCCAAGCUGCAGGCCAUCCUGCAGCAGAACCUGGCAGCCGACGGGGCAGGAGCGGCCGGAGCAGGACCUGCCACAGCGGCGGGAGCCGCAGGGGGAUCCGGCUCGGGAUCCGGAUCCGGGGCAGACAUCUCGAACGUGCUGCGCGGGAACCCAAACAUCUCGAUGCGAGAACUGUUCCACGGCGAAGAGGAGCUGGGCGUUCAGUUCAAGGUUCCGUUCGGGUGCAGCAGCAGCCAGCGGACUCCGGAGGGCUGGACGCGGGUGCAGACGUUCCUGCAGUACGACGAGCCGACGCGCCGCCUGUGGGAGGAGUUGCAGAAGCCGUACGGCAACCAGAGCUCCUUCUUGCGCCACCUGAUCCUGCUGGAGAAGUACUACCGCAACGGCGAUCUCGUCCUGGCCCCGCACGCCUCCUCGAACGCCACCGUUUACACGGAGACCGUUCGCCAGCGCCUGAACUCGUUCGACCACGGUCACUGCGGCGGACUGGCCACCACGGGCAGCACUGGCAGCCCUUCUGCCUCGACUUCCUCCGGCAAGCGCAGCGGCAUCCCCCAGAAUGCGGGAGCCAGUGUGCUCGCCACCGCCCUCACCUCGCCCGCGACCACCCACGUCUCCACCUCUGCAGGCAGCGCGGCAGAGCAGCACGCGUUGCCCGAUCCUGUCAUUCCGCUGGUGGAGCUCAACGACGACGACGACGGCGAAGGCGAGGAGGGAACCGGCGUCGGAGUGGGCGACGAGGAGUCGGACGCCAGGCAGGAGGACUCGCUCCUGGACCGCCUCGGCACAGUGUCGGUGGACAAGCUGACCAAGCAGCUCAGCUCGAACGCGGUGACGAUCAUCGCUCGGCCCAAGGAGAAGUCGCAGCUCUCGAGCAGCGGAUCCUCGGCGUCCAGUUCCUCGUCCGCUGCUUCCUCGCCGUCCAGCUGCUCGUCGGCUGCUUCCGCGCCGGAGGUGGCCGUAACAAAGGUGCCCGCCGCCGCGCCCGCCUCCUCCAAGGAUGCACCACCACUGGUGCCCGCGGCUGGCGGUAACAGUAACAGUGGCAACAGUCGCAGUAUUCUGAAGACCAACCUCCUGGGGAUGAACAAGGCCGUGGAGAUUGUCCCGCUGACGGCCGCCUCCCACUCGACCACUUCAGCUUCGGCUUCGGCAUCCAAGAACUUUCUCACUUCCAUCGCUUCGCUGGCCAACAAGACCACGGCGAGCCAUGGAGCCGAGAAGCAGCACAAGAUCCUCGACGUGGCCAACAAGCUGCUCGGCAGCCAGAGCGAUCCGGCCUCCGCGGCACUGCUCAGCCUGCAGUCCAAGCUGAAGCCCCCAAUGCACCAGCACCAGCAGCAGGGCGCGGCAUCGGGAUCGGGAUCUGCUUCGGGAACUGGUGGGGCCCAGAAGCCUCCGAGUGUGGCCCAACUGCUGAACUCACCGCCGGAGCUCAUCAGCCUCCAUCGGCGGCGCACGAGCGGAGCAGCGGCGGCGGCGGCGGGCAACAGUCUGCUCGGAAACCAUCCCGGCAAGCGGCUGCAUCCCCAACGAUCUGGAGCAGGGCCUUCAGCGGGAGCUGGAACGGCCAGUGGGGCAGCAGGAAGCCGGGGAGGGCCGCCUCCGCCCAAUGUGGUCAUCCUACCGGACACUCUGCGGUCAGCCCAGGAGCGGCACGAGAGCAAGAACUGGAAGCCGACUCUGAUCCCGCUGGAGGAUCAGCACAAGGUGCCGAACAAGUCGCACGCGCUCUACCAGACCGCCGACGGUCGCCGGCUGCCCGCCCUGGUGCAGGUGCAGUCCGGCGGAAAGCCAUAUCUCAUCUCCAUCUUCGACUACAACCGCAUGUGCAUCCUGCGCAGGGAGAAGCUGCUGCGCGACCAGCUGCUGAAGGCCAACGCCAAGCAGAAGCCGCAGAACCAGCAGCAGCAACAGCAGCAGGGAAUGACGCUUCAGCACCAGCAGCAGAGCUCCGCCGCCUCGGCGGCCGCCUUCUCGAACAUGGUGAAGCUGGCCCAGCAGCACACGGCGCGCCAGCAGCUCCAGCAGCUGCAGCAGAAGCAGCAGCAGCAGCAACUGCCCACUUUGCAGCCGGGAGGAGGAGCUGCGGGAGCGGGAGCGGGAGUGAGGCUGGCCAGGUUGGCGCCCAAGCCGAUGCCGCCGCUGACCAAUCCGCAGAUUGGCAACCAGGCGGCCAGCUUCCAGCCGCUGCUGCCCAGUCCGCUGGACAACAGCAACAGCUCCUGGCUGUGGAAGAACUUCCCCGACUCGAACCAGUACCUGCUCAACGGAAACGGAGGAGGAGGCGGUGCCGGCAAUUCCGCCAGCAAGUUGCCACAUCUCACGGCCAAACCAGCCACGGCAACGAGUGGCGGGGCAUCGGCCAGCAAGUCGGCGGCAGGGAUGUUCACCCUCAAGCAGCAGCAGCAGCAGCAGCACCAGCAGAAGCUCAUCGAGAACGCCAUCAUGUCGAAGAUACCCAAGAGUCUCACGGUGAUCCCGCAGCAGUUGGGCGGCGACAUGGGGGGCAGCGGCACCUGCUCCUCGGGCAAGGACUGAUGACGGCGGAGGAGGCCGCCAAGAGCAGCGGCAUCGGCAGGCACCAGGCGAAGCAGCAGGAUCAACAAGCAAACAACGGCCAGCAGCUUAAACGGCGAGCUUCAGCAGCAAUCGAGGUGACCGGCGGAGGAGCCGGCUCCAUGGAUAUCACAAACUCCCUAAUUCCAUGGCUUCAGUAGACUAAGUGAUACACAGAUAAACUGAUCAACUGAUAAACUGAUAAACCGAAACACAAUGAGCGGACAGACAUGAAACAGAUGAGGAAUCAAGAUAGUUGUAAGAUUACAUAACGUUGAUUGUGUAUAGAACGAGAGACGGUUACGAAUACGAUUAGCCCAUAAGGAACCCCACUAGUUAGGCACUUGAGUCGAUGCCACAGACGCAGAAGACGAGGUAACAAAUGAUCGAAGCAGAGGACGCCGAUGCGGACGAGGAUACGGACACGGAUACGGAUAUGGAUGUGGAUGUGGAUACGGAUACGGAUACGGAUACGGAUAGUUAGAGAUGGCAUAGACCUUGCUCUAAACUAUGCAACUCUAUCAUUGUAGGAUUAAACUAUAUUUUUUUAAUUAGAUUUACGGCUAUAAUAACUUGCGGUUCGUGUAUUAUAGAUACCAAAAUUGCUAGAGCUAAACGGUUUAUAGAUUUGUAAGCGACCCCCAAACACACACACACACACCCCCACUGCUACACCAACACGCUCGCACCAACACACACACACACACACACUCAUACACACACUUUAAUGAGAAAAUUCAGCACAAAUAUAAACUGUGGCCAAGAAAUAUUUAUUUAAUUUCGGUCUGCUGCUGAUCUUAGGAGCAGUGUCGGAGAACAGGAUCCCAGGACGCCAGUUUCUGCCUUAAUCCCAAUGCUUUCCACAGACCAAACUACCAGGAGUACUCCCAACACACCACACUUCCACUCAGCAGUGGGCAAGCCGAUUCGAUAAGAGGACCAUUUUGUAUCUUCAUUUAUCCAUUCAUCCAUUACGCCUCCGAAACCCACUCCUACACAGAUUCAGACACAGAUAAUGAUAGCAACCUAACAUUAACUCCGAAAUUGUACAUAUUUACAUGGAAACAAAUACAAAACUAUAAAAUACAGACUAAAUGCUAAUUCAACACAGUAAGCCCGAACCCAAACUGAAAUCGAAAGCAAAAGCAAGUGUGAACCACAAACAAUCAAAUUGAUCGGUGUUCUUUGUGCCUCUGGUGGCCUCUGUUCCAUUCCAAGGAAUUCUAAAAUCGUAGCUGCCUAAGCGAAGCAAAAGCAAAGCAAAAGCGUUGGUAGUAAAGUGAAAUUAAUUUGCAAAUUUUAAAUGACAAAUUAAAAAGCUUUCUCGACAAGUAUAGUAAACACAGCAUAUAUACCUAUAUACAUAUAUAUAUGGAUUUAUAUAUACACGCUCUAUAGAUAUUUUAGAGAGAAGGCGAAAGAUACAAUUGUAAAUUAGUCCGUUAAGCAUAGAUAUAUUUAUACACAUAUGAGAAUUCAAUUGUUGUUGUUGAACAUUGAAAAUGUAUUUAUAAAGCGGAAGUUGAAUAAUACCAUACAAACCAUACGAAAAUAAACGAAUGGAGCUAACUUUGGCGUGCCAAAGUUGUUAUACCCUUGCAGUGAUUAUACAAAACCUAAAGCCGAUCCUUCGGAUAUAGUACAAACUCAAUGAAAAUCCACAAUUCAUUGCAUUAUCUCCCAUUACAAAGCAGUUAUGUCAGCGAUAUAGUCUUCCGAUUUUGGCACAACUCCUAACCGUUGUAAACGACAACCUCUCAAGGUUUAUGUGAUCAUCUUUAAAAGCAGUUGAUGUAGUUAUAGGAUAUAGUUGUUCGAUUUCAACAAGGCUUCAAAGAUCUCCAUCUAACAGAUAUGGGCAACAAACCUUCCAAGUCCCUGUAAUCACUACAUAUAUAGGCUAAAUGUAUCCCGUCAUGGGGUCCAUGUAACAAAGUCAACUGCAAGGGUAUAUUGAAAAGGACAGCAACUCCCAUUUCGCUUCAUUACAACGGAUGCGAAUCGGAGCUCGGAGCUGGAGGUGGAGGUGGAAAGGAGCCGUUCCCCAGGACCUCUCUCUGACGACCAUGAAAAACAUUGAUUGCCUUGAUCAAACCUGGUUUUCUAAAGCCCCAUGGAAAUUGUGUGCCUGUGUGUGAAUCAGCACGUACAUGUGCGUGUGCGCGUGUGUUUAUGUAGAACUUUGUAGCUGAUAGAUCAUUCGAUCCGAACACAUCUUACACUUAUAACUUAUUUAUGCAAUAUUUUAAAGCGAUUUCCAAGAAUCAAAAUUUCAACGAAUCGAGAAAUAAAUUUCCCAAUGUCCAGCUAAGAAACCCAAUGGUUUUAUUGAACUCUGGAAUCCGCGGGGCAACUUCCUUAUCUUAAUGACAAACCGACAGCGAUCGCUACACGAAAACACAGUAUCCACCAAGAAAUCAAUUUAUUCAUCUUUCUUUAUCGGAGUUUUGUGUCUGUGAAAAUGUGAACAUAUCCGAGGAAAGCGGAAACUAGAGCUUUGAAAUUGUUGAUGAAUAAAUAGCUACAGUAACUGUGUGAGCAUAUUUGUAACAGGAUCCUUAGUCAUCUAGUGGUCUCUCUCUCUCUCUCUCUGUCCCUCUCUCGGUGUAUCGCCAUCUCUGUUCAGGUGGUGAAACUCUAGGUUCGCAAGCGGAAACGGAAGUAGUUGAGUGGCCCCAGCUUCUACUGCUAUCUCCCUCCCUCUGCCUGCUUGUCUCUUUUCGCUUCUUAGCUUCGAAGAAAGUAGUACCUUCCUCAGAUCUGUCGAUUUCAUUCGUUAUUGGCUGUUUUAUGUAUGGAUUUUGUUUUUAUUAACAUAAAUUUCAAAAAAUAAUGUUUAGCGUUUUGUUGAUGUUUUUGUUUUGGACUUGGUUUUAGAAUUAGAUUUAAAUAUUCGAUAUGCACUUGAUGGUUGCUUUGCUUGCUGUUUUACAAAUGUGUAUAAUGUAUGUGUGUUCAUAAUUUGUUGUUUUCCAUUUGUUGUUUAUUUUGUAUGCAUGGUCCGCAUACAUCGGCUCGAGACGGAAAUUAAUAAA